UCGCGAAAAAUUGGUGAGCUGUCUACUUGCUUGGAAGUCAGCAAAAAGUGUAAUGUCACUAGUUUUUCACUGGAGCGAGGUACGCGAACAUUGCUUUCCGUACGUUAGUUGGUAAGCGAUUAAAUUACCACAAAAAAUAAAAUUAGUUCGCGUUUCAGUCGGUCUUAGAAAACAGUACGCGAACUGUGAUCCGGAAAACAUUGAUUGAUUUAUUGAUUAAAUCGCUGUGCAGUGGAAAGUGUACCCAGAAAGUUCUUUGUGAAGGGUGGAGUGCAUUUCUCUGGUUUUGCUGGAUUCCGAAUCGGUGUUCUGUUCGGGUGGAAGGAAAGAAAUUUUCUCCUCCCUCUCAAGCGUAAAAAGUGGUCUGUGUGCUGAGCUUGCUGGCUGCUAGUGAGAAGUGAAUAAAAAGUACGAAUAGCCAAAUGGUACAAGAGUAGUGUCCAAAUCCCGUUGGAAUAUUGUUCAGUGGUUUUUCAUGUCACCGUUGCCUCCGAGGGCACAGCAAAGCAUCGCAUUCAGAUUGUCCGGCCGUUCAUACAAUUAAAAGAAGCUAGCAUUUGCGAUCGGUCAUUUUAGCCAGGGGCUGCCUAAAUCAGGGAAAUUAAUAUUGCUAGCGAGUCAAACGGAACAGCGAGACAAUGUCGUCAUCCGGCGAUUUCGGAAAUCCACUACGGAAGUUUAAACUGGUCUUUCUGGGUGAACAAAGCGUUGGGAAAACCUCACUUAUCACCCGGUUUAUGUACGACAGUUUUGACAACACCUACCAGGCAACCAUCGGUAUAGACUUCCUGUCGAAAACCAUGUAUCUAGAAGACCGAACAGUGAGAUUACAGCUAUGGGACACUGCCGGACAGGAACGAUUCCGAUCGCUGAUACCUUCGUACAUUCGAGACUCAACCGUUGCCGUAGUAGUGUACGAUAUUACAAAUGCAAACUCAUUCCAUCAAACAUCGAAAUGGAUCGAUGACGUUCGGACGGAGCGUGGGAGUGAUGUAAUCAUAAUGCUAGUUGGAAACAAAACUGACCUCUCGGACAAGCGCCAGGUUUCGACGGAGGAGGGCGAGCGGAAAGCGAAAGAACUGAACGUGAUGUUCAUCGAGACCAGUGCGAAAGCAGGGUACAACGUGAAACAGCUUUUCCGAAGAGUAGCUGCAGCAUUGCCCGGUAUGGAUUCAACCGAGAACAAGCCACCAGAAGACACUGUCGAUCUACAAACUCAACCCUCGAACUCUGGCGAUCAGCAGGACUCGGAGGGCGGCUGCAUGUGUUAAAAUUUGGACGUGGACCCGCGUUGGCUUUACAACUGCGAGUGAGCGAAAGCCGAUUCAUCCUACGAAAAAACCUACUCAAAAAGCCGAAAAUAAGCUGCAAUGUUGCUUUGUAUUUUUAUUUUCUUUUUUUUUUUGUAAUGGCUCCUCAUGUCGGAGGUAAAGCAACAAUAAAGAUAAAUAAUUGAUAGGAAAGGCAGGAUAAAAAAAAAUCAAAAUAAGUAACGACCAUUUGCGCAAACUGCAGCAAUACGGAAGAGUUCAAUUAAACAAAAUGAAGGGCAAACACUAGGAUUUAACAAUUUAGCUAUGCAGUAACCAAAGUAAAGUUUCAUCUCAAGAAAAUAACUCAAGCACAAACCGUUAAAAAAAAUACAAAACAAAUUGAACAAGUGCAACCAGUGCAGGUUAUUUGGAAAUAUGCUACAUAAUAGUGUUAGUUUAGAGCGAAAUGCUAACAAUUAAUGACAAUUGCAUUAUAACAUUUCCCAUUUUUAUAUCCAACCAAGACUGUUCGAAAUGGUCUAGCGAGCUGACACUAGUUGUAUAAUGAUUGUUUGAAACACUCGGCACCCUUUCAAUUGAGAAAAAAAAGAAAAAGUAAUUAUUUCGACCGCAUCGAAAACGUUCUAAAACUACAACUUUCAUCAUUCCCACCCAAGACCGGAGUAGACGAGAAACGCAUUGACAGUACGGUAUCCAGAUAGCUUUUACGAAGUACAUACUUAUACCAAACACGUCGUGUUGUGUGUGCGUGUGCUAAAUACUGUGACGCCUCAAUCACCGAAUUUUCUACCCAACACAAUGCUGAUUUCGCAGUCACUAUUGCGUCGUAGGGAACAAUUUUGUUCCUCUGUGCACAAACCUAUUAGUAGUACUACUGUAUGUUAAGAACAAUCAAUUGGCUAGGCAGUGUUGAUCGGUCACAGUGAAAACUUUUUCGUUACUAAGGAAAUACUGUUUGGCUUCCAACGAAUGCUUUUGAACAGGCUACAAAACAAGCGAGUUGCCAAAUGUAUAAGGAAGAAUUCUUUUAAUAUAAAAAAAUCAGUGAUUAUGAAUAGCGAUUCAUGAUCUGCGUGUUUGGUAAAAGAAAAAAAACAACACCCAACAGUUAAGUGAGAUUCAUUGUUUUAUAAAAUCAAAUUACCUUAAUCCGUACCCAUUUUUGAACAGCGGCUUCCUUAACCGAUCUCAGCAUUAUUUCUAACAGUCGAUGAAUAUUACCGUGUUACGUCUGUGCUUUGAAGUUGAAUCACCAAAUGUACAGUAUAAAACUAAUCAAAAUUUGUUGAAAUAUGGGAGUAAAAAUGGCCCAAGAACUGCAUGAAAACUCCGUAAGAAAAAACUUUCAAUUAUUCAUCUACAUUGCUCGUAAACAAAAGUGCAACAAAUGACCAUGCUGGGAAAUUGCCGACACCGACCUGAUCGAAUAUUCUUACCGAUUUAGGUUCAAUGUCUUCUUCAAAAGAAUUAUUUGUGUUCGGCAUAAUGGUGCUUUAACGAUUUGACCACGAUAGCAAUUGUGGACCCACAAUACGUAGAGUUUAACCUUAUCUAUAUUGAUAUUCUGCCACAAAGUCCGAUGAACCGGCCUGUCGGAUGGGGAUGAAUCCCAAUUAGCACAAUUGCUAACAAGCUUAGGUCAUGCCCAAUGAAACAGUGAGCUCUUGGCACUUAAAUGUAUACCGCAAUAUCCACAUAAAUAUCGCUAAGAAGAUAAUCAAAAGGGAGAAGAAUCUCCGAUGAUAUUCAGAUGCUGAGUUUCCACUACGCUUCAGUUCAAUAUCGAAGUGAUUCGUGCAAUAUUUAAUUAUUAUAUUUUUAUUAAUAAAAAAUAAUGAAAUAACGACUGCGAUAUUUUCGAUGCACGUAGGGUGGUCAAUAUGAACAACAAUAUUUUUUCCACAUUCCAAAUAGUGAUCACAGCGACGAAAGACUGUUUUAAUUUCAGCUGGUUGAACACUACACUAUUUAGAAUAAAACCAAUAAAACGCUAUUUAGAACAAGUUUAAUUAGUAGAAGAAACAGGAGCGCAGCAUUUUGCAUGUCUAUAGCAUGUCACAGCAGACAUAGCAUUCGAAUGGUGCGUUUGAAUUGGCGUAGCGAUAACUUGCGCUCCUGGUACUUUUACGUAUGAUAUUCAAGCUAAAUUAGGUAAUAUUUAUAAAUAUUACAUAAAUACAUUUCGAAUACAUCCACUUAUCGACGGAGUAUAAAAUUACAGUAGCUAAAAAUGUAGCAUUUUCUUCAUUUCGACAACCCUACGCGCACUGAAUAUUUUCAGAAAGGUUUUUGUUCAUCGGCGAAUUUAUUCAUGAUGUAUUUAGCAAAUGGUUGAGAUAUAACGACUAUGAACAUUCAUUUCCCAAGAAUCUUAUGUUCGAGAAUCAUAUCAGAUAUAUUCGAUGUGCGAACUUUUUUCUUAAAUGUCAUCGAUGAGGAUGUUCGCUAGUAAACUUUUCACAACUGAAUUUUUGCCAAAAUCAGUAGUGAACUUUUCUUCAGUGAGUUUUCUGACCGAUUUUUUUUGUCUGGAAUUCACUUGCGAAAACUUUCAGUCGCGAUUUUCGAAAUUUCGAUUUUUCUCAACAAUGAUCACACAAGUCACUCAUCGUGCAAGCCGUUGUGGUGACAGGAAAUCCCAAUAGCGGCCCUUACACGAUCAUUAAAAGUGUCAUUACUAAAAAGUAAUGGCACUUUUAAUGAUCGUGUAAGGUCUACGAGUUCAGUAAUGACACGAGUAAUGAUGGAAUUCCGGAUUUUCCAUCAUUACCAACAUUAUUUCUUCUUCUUAUUUUUUGUGUGGAAGUGCUGAAUAUCUUUAGAACUAUACGCGAAAAAAUGACAAAGUGUAGAUUUAAGUUGUUAAUAUUUCAUUAACCUUAACGUUUUAAUGGCAAAUCAAAUUUAUUUUCAGCUGAACGAAAAUAAAAAUAUUACUAUUGCUAUUGCUGGAGUAGUUACAAAUACUCAUCAUUAAUAAUGAACGUGUAAUGCUAAAAAGUAAUGAUUACAGUAAUGCAGUAAUGACGAGCUUUUGAGCAGAAGUGUCAUUACUUAGUAAUGACACUUUUAAUGAUCGUGUAAGGGCCACUAAUAGCGGACCUUACACGAUCAUUAAAAGUGUCAUUACUAAGUAAUGACACUUCUGCUCAAACGCUCGUCAUUACUGCAUUACUGUACAUCAUUACUUUUUAGCAUUACACGUUCAUUAUUAAUGAUGAGUAUUUGUAACUACUCCAGCAAUAGCAAUAUUUUUAUUUUCGUUUAGCUGAAAAUAAAUUUGAUUUGCCAUUGAAACGUUAAGGUUAAUGAAAUAUUAACAAUUUAAAUCUACACUUUGUCAUUUUUUCGCGUAUAGUUCUAAAGAUAUUCAUCACUUCCACAAAAAAAAUAAGAAGAAGAAAUAAUGUUGGUAAUGAUGGAAAAUCCACAAUUCCAUCAUUACUGAACUCGUAGACCUUACACGAUCAUUAAAAGUGCCAUUCCUUUUUAGUAAUGACACUUUUAAUGAUCGUGUAAGGGCCGCUAAUAGGUGUGAAUUAGAGCUCGCCAAAAUUCCCCGAGACAUUCACCCUUAUUCUGUGCGUCGAUCGAUUCAAAAUGUUUCGAUCGAAUGUGCAAUUUCCAUUCUGCAUUCCGUUCGAGUUGGGUAUGAACUCGAACAUCAUUCGUUCGAGUUGUUCAAUUUUCGAACAUUACUCGAUCGACUUGCGUACGUAUUACUUCUGUUCGGUUUAGAAUCGUUCUAAUUUGUUUAUACAAGUGUGACGGUUUCAUUUACUAAGAAAUGAGUUAUAUAAAUAAUAUAGAACGUGUAAGUAGUGUUGACAGCUUUCAUGGUUAGUGUUCGAAAUUGCAAGUGUUCCCGAACAAGAGUCGAUCGAAUCAUACAAGUCGAGCGGAAUAAAGAAUGCCAAAUUCGAACUCGAACGAAAGUGUAGAUUCGUUCGUAUCACAAAUCCGUCGGAUUGCAGAAUCGCGGUGAUUAGCAAGAAGGAGUAAGCGACUCUAUUCUCCUUGUCCAAAUCGUUAAAAUAAAUUUGUUUUUUUUUAUGAAAACAAGUUGGCAAAACGUCGAAAUAAAUUAAAAUUCAAGACGAAAUACUAUCUGAACACACUUUUUCGAAUACUUCUAUUAACUUCAGGUGUGAAACAUAAACCAUUUAAGCUUGUGGCAUACGAAAAGAAAAUUGCUUUUUGGUCAUGCUAUCCGAUAUCAUACCACCGUUGAAUACAACUGGAACCAAACACCACCAAUCGAAAUUCAUAAUCAUCUGAGCCUGCAACAACACUGAUGUGUUUGUUGUGCUGAAAUUUUAUUUAUAUAGCUAUUGAAACAAUCGGAAAAUAAACAGUCACAUUAGAAACAGCUAUUGAACUCAAGACAGUAGAUAAAAAUUCAACAACCAUAAUAACAUAAACAAUACAAAAAUCAAUCACUACGCUACGCCAGAAUGUGUCGUACACUUUGUCUUGCAAACAAAGAAUGGUCAUUAAAUACAAUUCUAAGAAAAAAACAUAGGAAAAGUAUGAAAAUUUUUAAAUACAAACCUUACCGCUAAAAUAUGAGCAUUACUAAACGAGGAAACUCCUCAUUCAUUCAUCAAAAAUCGACAGUUAAUCUAUUAUUACUAGGAGGUGUGAAAAGUUAGGAAACCUUAAUCCGACUGAGCUCAGAUUAAGGCAGGGAAUUCGGGAUAAAUCGUACAUCUUCACAUUAGUCGCUUUUCAUAGUUAAAAUAAAAAAAGAAUAUUCAUUGAAAA